CCGCCAUACAGCGUACCCGAGUUCACGUACAAAACCGGCCAAACCGCUUUGUUUAACGGUCGCCACUCACGGAGGCGCGUAAUUUCGCUUGUUUUACUUUCGUAUUGACCCCGCCUUUGUUUUGUAGUAAUGAUUAUAGUAGUGCAAAAGAUCAUUAAAUUUGCUUUAUAAAGUAAAAACUUUGGGUUGUAAAACGGUGUAUUAGAAUGUGUUCCUAUAAGAAUAUGAACACCUGUACAGUGUUCAGCUAGUUGUACUGGAUACACGCAAAGUGAAAUGAAUGUUAUUUAGUUAAAAUGGAGUGUUCCAAAGACAUGGGGGUUCAAAAGAGACACAGCCAGUUCAGUGAUACGAAAUAUAAGUGGAGGACGGUGUUAUUAUUGUUGUUUGUGUGCUCUUGUGCUGGACAAGAAAGGGAGAGGGAAGAAAUAGAUCCUUAUUUAUUAAAUAAGACUUUAGGCCUUACGGAGCUACCGGGUGGUAUUUUAACCGGUGGAAGUACUAAUUGGAAGGUGGAAGGCAGUCCAUACAUGUUGCGCGAUGACCUGCUGAUCGAAAGAGGAGCAGAAUUAGUGAUUGACCCUGGUGUAGAAGUAAAAUUUCCGCCGAUGAUUGGAAUUACUGUCCGAGGGAAACUCCGAGCAUUGGGCGAAACAGAAAGUAAAAUAACAUUUACCAGCACAGAGGAACGUCAAUCUCCUAAGGCAUUUCCAGACAUACGUCUAGUUGAUGGACCUUCGAUUUUGUCUGGAAGAGUACAAUUACUGCAUAGAGGACAAUGGAGAUCUGUGUGUACAAAUUCAAGAAAUUGGACCGUUAACGACAUGGAAACGGCUUGCAGGCAAUUAGGCUUCAUGGGUGGAACAUUUUACAAUUGGAUGGAUCGUCAGCCCGGUCGGCGUGCACGACUUUUGUUUGAAGAGCCCAAGUGUAAGGGCACAGAAUACGACCUCUUUCAAUGCGAUUGGCAGUCACGACAACUCGGCUCCGGAGUCUGUGAUUAUCAUCCCGAUCUAGCUAUUCAAUGUCUACCUCAUCAUGAUGACAACGAACUUAGAAACUACGGUACACAUUGGCGUGGAUUACGCUUCGAAAAUGCAGUGUACGAGAGAAUAUUGACAGCGGAAAAUACUCUCUAUGUCCCCACUUCAAUGUCAAGAUUAUCUCACAUAGUUGUAAAGAAUGCAGGAUUGGGUAGAGAUAACAACGCGACGAGCGCGAUUGACGUUAUUGGCGUGCCUCCAGUAAUGGAAGAUAUUGAAAUAUCCAAUUCAGCUUUCAAUGCCAUCAACGUGACAUCACCUAACGCACCGAUAGUCAUAAACAACUGUACGAUACAAAACAAUAGAGGCUACGGCGUUUAUGUUAAUUCAACCUACGGCAUGACCAAGAUAGAAAAUUGCCUGAUUCACGACAACGGUGGCGACGGAAUCAAAUACGUGGUGCACGAAAUGAAUAUUGACGAGCGAUUUGAUCGUGCAGGAGUCUUUGAUCUUUGUACUCUCGCAUCUACACCUAGUCAAACGUUUCCCAUAACGAUGUCUAUAGAACAGUCCAGAUAUUCAAACAUGGAACGAGAUUGUCAUCAGAAAUUUUAUACGAGAUCCGAUCACGUUCUAACACUGAGCUUUAUAAAGCUUUUAACAAAUAAAAAUGACACUGGGCAUAUCUAUGUCUAUGACGGUUUAACUGCUGAAGAUAAGUUAUUAAUGGCAUUCAGUAUUCGAAAUUAUACACGACCCCAAAGUGUAACAUCCAGCAGAAGCAGAAUGUAUGUGAGAUUUCACGCUAAUACUAGGACAGAUAUUGUUGGGUUUCUUCGAUUGACGUCAGGGAUAAGCAAAACUUAUGAUUUGAAUGUGACCGAUUCUAUUAUUUCGGAUAAUAAUGGUCGAGGUGUCGUAAUUGAAAAUUUACGAUCCCAAAUUCAUAUUCAUAGAACUUCGAUUUCAAAUAAUAACCACGUUGCCGGACUGCAAGUUGUUAAUGGGGCAGGCGAUGUCAACAUUACGGAAAGUAGAAUAUCCUUCAAUCAAGGUGAUGGAAUUAACGUCACAGUUACUGGAGGAAACCGCAAUAUAUCUAGGAGUAUUAUAAGCUCCAACCAGAGAUACGGCAUAGCAGUAUGGAUAAACAAUACACAGGAAACUGAAUAUAUUCCAACAAAUCAAACAACUGUAGUUGAAUAUUCAGAAAUAUUUAAAAAUUUAGAUAUCGGCAUAUUGCAUGGAAAUUUUUGUGGUGACAGUUGGAUUAAUGUAACUGGAAACUGGUUCAAUUCAAGUACAGAGAGCACAUUAGAUAUAGCUACAUGUUGGCUUUAUAACGAGCCGCGUAAAUUGCUAAAUCUGCAAAUUGGGCACAAUAGAUUCUACCAAAACCUUCGUGUUCCUAUUAAAAUUCAACCUGCCAUAAAUGUAAUGGGGAAAAUAGAAUACAAUUACUUUGAGCAUGGAGAAUAUGGUGCAAUAAUAAUUCUAAACAGAAUAGAAGGAAAGUAUUUAGAGGAAUUUGAGAAGCUCCCAGCCCAAUUUAAUAUUCAGCACAACUAUUUUUUCGGUAAUCAAGGACCGUUUGUCGUUAAUCUUGGAUUGUCUCCCUACAGUGAUAUUCAAUAUAUAUUAUUUUCAAGAAAUUAUUUAAGAGACAAUAAAAUAAAAGAACCUUUUGAAAUUAACGAUGGAUCACCACAAUUAACACCUAGAAGCCGGGUGGCUGCUACAAUAGUAUUGGCAUCAAGUAAUAUUGAUGUUUUUAGAAAUAUAAUUCAAAAUCCAGAAGCUCAAUACGAAAUAGGUUCUCAUGUGGAAGACCAAAGCAAAAUACUUAAUUGUACAUAUAACUGGUUAGGUUUUGGUGAAGAAGAAAAAGUUUAUAAUCGAUUAUUUCACAGAAAGGACAGAUUUAAUUUAGCAAAAAUUUUGUACAUGCCUUAUUUAUUACACAGCAGUAACCCUGGUGCUACUCAAAUUAAUUAUAACUCGUUGUAUGUUCCACAGUUUAAUGUGCCUGGUACCAACAUUGUUGGUGGAGAAGUUGAGGGUAUAGAAAUAUUACGGCAAGGAGAAUAUGAUGUGAUAAAAGAUAUAAACAUUCGACCAGGUGGCAAACUAAUUCUACAAUCUGGUGUUACAUUGAAAUUCCCACCGGCUAUUGGAAUGAUGGUCGCUGGAAAGCUAGAUGCCAGAGGUAAAAGACCUAAUGAUAUUUCAUUUACUCUUAAAGAAGAGGUUGUAAUGAGUAAUGAUACUGUAUAUGAAAUAGAUCCAGAAGUAGAACCAACAACUCCUGGAUAUAUAGAACCAGUUGUUCCAAUAAGACUACUAGGCGGUAAGACUCAAUUUGAAGGUCGGUUACAAGUACGUGUGGAUGGCAAGUGGGGAACUGUUUGUAAUUACAAAUGGAAUAUUAUAAAUGCUGCCUUGGUGUGCAAUCAACUUGGAUUAGCUCUAAAUCCUGAAGAUUGGUUUCUAGAGCCUAAUGAAAUACCAAAUGCUGGUCUCACUGAAGACGUAGUUUUAUCAAAUGUAGAAUGUACAGAGUUCGAUAAUGAUAUAACAAAAUGUAAAGCAGAGACAAUAGAUAGUUUUGAAAAUUCAUGUACACAUGAAAAUGACGUAGGCAUACGCUGCUAUGAAACAAGUUGGGCCGGAGUUCGUUUUAGUGUAAUUGCGGAACGCGCUGAUCUGCAAUAUGUUACUAUUGAAAAAGCCGGUUUGCUUGAUUAUUCUUCAAAUGUUUUUAAGCCAGCUCUCCAGAUAGAUUUUGCUCGACAUGGUUUAGAAAGCGUGCGGAUUGUCAACAACUAUCAUGAUGGGUUAGGUAUAUUAUAUUCAGAUCUGUAUGGUGCAGAUGCCGUAAACACUAUUAGAAAUUCUGAGUUUAGUAAUAAUAAAGGUAGCGGUAUAAGCUUUAAGCAAUUGGGUCUGAAAGUAUACAGUUCUAUUAUUGAAAAUAAUAAAGUAGCAGGAAUAUUCCAUAAUCCACACUUGACCGGAGCCCAACAAAGAGAAUUAGCGGGUUGGUUUAAUUUCGAUCCUAGUUUUAACAUGGAUGAAUCAAGCUAUCGACCUAUUAUAAUACCUGAGUAUCAAACUGAUAUUUCUCUUGCUAACGGUGAGACCAGGCAUAUUGUUUUCAAUAAACAAUUUGGAGAAAAUAUUGUUAGGACUUAUAACAUCAAAUGCAAUCCUGGCUAUGUUCUUGGAUUGCAACUACUAAAUCCUAUUCACAAUUUUUCAAGUGAAAGUAUUUGCAUAUAUGACUCGCAAAAUAUUAACGAAGGAAGUACUAUAUGGUGUCUGGAUCGGGAUCUUUCAACUUUCCCAACAACAAGUAAUAGUUUCGGAGUAGUAUUAAAAUAUAGUAGUGGUUAUAAUGCAUUGGGUGGAGUCAUCUUAGUGGUGAGUACUAUUGUAGCUCCAGUUCAAAACAUCCGUAACAAGAUAAUAAAAGGACCUGUUCCGACACUUACGAUCACAAAUUCCAAGAUAAGAGGAAACACCAAAGGAAUCAUGGCUUUAUACUAUAACAGAUACUUAAAUGAAAUUGGCGACCAUUUUCUUAGAAAGGCCAAUGAGACUAUCAAAAUUAUAAAUUCUGAUAUCACACGUAAUUUAGAAGAAGCAGUGUACAUUAAUACACCAUUUUGGGAUAUACAUGAAAGCAAUAUAACUGAAAUAACAAUAAUGAUUAAUAAAACCACAAUCACUGAUAAUGGCAAAGGCAUCUAUCACUUUGCACGAGACUUGAGAAGUUCAAAUAAUUUAUAUCAUUAUGUACUUCAAGAUAACACUAUUGAAAGAAAUAAAUAUGGCGGAUUCGAUAUUGCUCUUCCAUAUGUUUGGAAAUAUAAUGAAAAUUUCACACAUUCGGUCUACAUGAACAACAAUACUUGGAGAAAUAAUUACAACUUUGGUUUAGUCAUUGAUGGACAUUUUGCAGAAGUUAAUUUGACCAAAAAUAUUUUUACAGACAACAUUUGUUAUAGUGGCUUGAUUUCUGUCCGUGGUAUGGAAAAGAAAAUGAAGAUCGAUGGUAAUUUAAUUGAAAGAAAUAAUGGGAGAUUCAUGGUCCAGUUUCACAUGGACAGUCAAAGUGAAAUAAUGGGAUUUGUUUAUGCGGUUUUUGUUUAUAAUCAAGUCAGAAACAAUAAAUAUUCUCAAACCAACCGAGGGUUGCUUGUAACGAAUAUUGAACCAACAUAUGUCAUAGGGUUUAAAGGUAUACAAAAAGUUAAAGUCUCUAGAAAUCUAUUCGGAAAUAACGCCGUCGAAUAUUCAUUAGUGGCUGGUAUAAAAACAGCAAAAACUAACAAUCUUUUGGAUGUAACAGAAAAUUGGUGGGGUUCUACAGAUGAAAAAGAAAUACGGAAACAAAUAUUUGAUUUUGAUGACUGGAAUAAUCACGCUAUUGCGACCUACUUACCGUAUUUAUUAGAAGAUAGCUUUGAUUCUAGUGUAUCUGUUACAUUUACACCAGAGAGCAUUGUUGAUGUAAAUGAACUUGGAGGUCGCCUAUCAUCUGAUCUCAUUUUGGAUCCACGAAUUGACCCUUACAUAGUAAAAUCAGAUAUAACAGUUAUGCCUGACGUUACUCUCACUGUAAAUCCUGGAGUAAUACUAGAAUUUGCACCUAGUGUUGGCAUCCUAGUAAUGGGAACUGUAAAUGCAAUUGGCCAUAGUCAUAUGCCAAUCAUAAUGAGGCCAAUCACACGUCACAACACCGAAAAUCGUAUAGAGAAAAGGGAUAUUAGUCAAUAUUCAACGAGAAAUGUAAAACAUAGGCAACAGAGGCAGUUAGAAUCACUAGUUGUUCAAGAUUCGAUACGUCUCUGCACUGGAAGGAAUUGUUCUAAUAAUGUUAAGGAUAUAGACAGAAAAACUGAAGGAUUUUUAGAAUACUACAAUAAAACUACGUUACAGUGGGUUCCGAUGUGCGAUAGUCGAUUUACUGAAAGAAACGCACAAGUUGUUUGUCGAGAGUUAGGUUUUGAUCCAAUAAACGUAUUUUUCGCUCACGAUCGCCGAGUUGAAUACCACAGUAACUCGUUAUCUAGAAUUUGGUCGUGGCCAGAACCCUUACAAUGUGUAGGUAUUGAAGAGCGUUAUGAAGAUUGCCCUAUUCGACUAAACGGACAACUUUACGGACACAGGCAUGAGUGCAAAUGGGACUCUGAUUUUAUCUUCCUACAUUGUGGUAAUCGGAACUUGGAAGAAAACCUUGAUUAUUGGGGAGGAAUAAGAUUCACCAAUCCAGAGUUUGAAUAUUCACUUUACGAACAUAGAAUUCAUGAUCAUCACACACAUGAAACGAUGAAGAAAGUUGAAAGUACACUUCGGAAUAUUCAAAUAAUUGGGGCGGGAAUUUUGCAUAACGAAAAAUCGCCAGCCAUUCAGAGUAUCAUAAAGAAUCCGCAAAUACGAAACGUUAAUAUAACACAAUGUGCGCACCAUGGCAUCAAUAUAGUUUCUCCCACUGACACGAUUGAUAUGCGAUUUAACUCUCUGGUCGACAUUCUUGGAGAAGGGGUUAACGCUAUAUCAAUGACUGGCGAAGGUAGAGAAUCUGAAGAAUCCAGCUUUACACCCCUGAAAGACCUCAAUUUACCUUAUCAUUUGUUUUCAUUUAUCGAUAUAUGCGACAGUUCUAAAGUCAUUACAGUUGAAGAGAGGGUAAUUCUAUAUUACAAGUAUGAUAAUAAUCCUGUGAACUGUGUUAAGAUAUUCAAGAGUAUAUAUCGUGUGAAACCUUUUGGAUUUAGACUACUCCAGUUUAAUCUAUUCAACCAUACGCUCAAUUAUGGAAAACGAGAUUCUAUUACGCUUUAUGAUGGAGACAUUUAUAAUAUCACAGCACCUCAGAUUGGAUACCUAGAGAAUGGGUCUCCUGAUGAAAAGAAACUGUUUAAAAGUGAAGGUGCUAGUUUAAGUGUUAAGCUCUUUGCGAAUGGUGCAUCGUCUGUUCAUGGUUUCAUUGCGGAGAUUGUAACAUUACCAAUAUCAGCAAUAGGGAUCAAUCGAGACGUCCAGCAUAACAUAUCGAGCAGCGUCUUCACAAGAAACCGUGAUGGAGCAAUCACUUAUCAAUCGGUGGGUGAAGUGAAUCCUCUUGUGGCGAUAAUACGGAAUGAAUUCAAUGAUAACUGCCUGAAAUUAUACGGAAACUUCACUACUUGUCAAGCUGCUGUGAGGGUAGAUGUGCAAAACACGCAAACACUCGUUUUUAGAAACAAUUUAGUACGCAAUAAUGUUGGUGGUUUGUUGGCGAGAGCUGAUUCUCGAGGCUCAGCCACAUCGCUACGAGGAUGGAUACACAAUAAUUUAUUCUAUGCGAACCAUGAUCUUCCCUGUCUUCAACUUGAAGGUCGACAAUCAUCACCGUACCAGGAAGUAACAAUCUACAGGAACUACUUCACACGUAACCGAGCCAGAUACAAAGAUGUCAUCGUCUUACGACAAGUUGUGUCUAACUUCACUCACAACUAUGUCCAUGAUAACACAGGAAUGAGGAUUUUGGAAAUAUCGGGCUUUGACAAAGUGCGCCUGCCCAUAUAUCAGACUACAUCGCAUAAUGGAUUCUAUAAAAACUACGCAUUGGACCGCGAAUGCCGUGCCACUGUAGUAGCGGGUACGGCAGGCCAACAUUACGUCGACAAUAUUUUCUUCAACCCUGAUAAUGACUAUGAAAUGGUCACAGUCAAUCGAUCCAUCUUUUCCGAUUAUAACCCGAAUGCGUUGAGCGCUCUAGACCUUUGGCGUACUAGAAUAGACGCGAAACAUAACUAUUGGAGUUACAAUGAGAGUUUUGCCGUUGCUGGUCGAAUUCGAGAUCAGUCUGAUAAUCCCUUACUAUUAGAAGUCGAUUAUAGACCAUACUAUAUGAACAAUUUGACAGUACUCGGAGGGGGAAAAUGCCCCCCGGGGUGGGAUUCUGUGGCCGGAACUUGCUAUAUGUAUGUGGGUGCUCCUAUGACGUAUGAAGAGGCAAGACUGUUCUGUUUGUCCGAUAACGCAUCAAUGCCGUACGUAUCAGGCAACUAUGCAACGUUAUACGACUUCAUUCAACGUCAGAAUCAAUGGUUCCAAUAUGGUGAUCGUGUUUGGGUGAAUCACAUCGACUAUGUGACUCAGUGUACAUCGUUUGCCUUCUCCAAUAUCGAAAUUACGGACUGUAAUCAGAAGAAUGCGUUUAUUUGUGAAAUUGAUCCAAAGAUAAAAAUAGACCCGCUGUCGUGGCAAGGUGAUACUUUAGCUGUAGCCUUUAUCGGAGUGCUGGUAGCUGCAGUGAUUUUAGUCAUACUUGCAUUGAUCUGUUGGUACUCAAAAUCAAAGCACAGACAUCUUCAGCGAUUGGAAAGACGCAACUCUAUAAGGCAGUCCCUUCAUUCAGUCCGUUCUAUUGGAAGUAUUAACGGAGGUUUUCCCGACAACACAUACAGGCGGAAAAUGACACAAAUGAGUACCCGAUCAACAGAUACCCUAACAAAAGCCUCUGAUUAUAAGAAAAUGCUUGCUUCGACAACAUCUAUGGAAUCUAUGGAGAAAAGUCAAUUUAAUUCCUCAUUGGAGGACACUCAGAGUUUCGAUAUUUACGAAGCACAUAAUCCAAAUAAUAUCAUUCAAUUAAAACACAGUUCGUUUAAUAAGAAGCCAGCGUCGCCCGAAUAUAGUGUACCGCAGAAUGUUAAUAGACCAUUUAACCUGGCUUUUAGAAAUGAGGGCCGGCAACACACUCGUAAGCCUAUUGACGUUGAAGAUAUCCAUGGGCGCGGUUACAGAGACAACUCAGGCGCAACGAGUGGUGCGCCAUCUAUGAACACUGUAGCGACUGAAGAGUUACCAAUAAUUCAUCAUCCGGGUGGCUUAACUGAUGAUGUUGUACAAUCCGAUACUUCCCCAUACUUCACGUCAGAUACUCUGCCUUUGAGAGAGAGUAAUGACGACCCUAUAGCAAUGAAACGAGAGUUAGAGAGAGAGGGAAAGAUAUAUGGAUAUGGAGCGCCAUCAUACGAUCCUCAGCAGAAGCUUUCCUUCUUGAUGGAAUUAAGGUCUCGUAUGCCCGAAGAACCAGCUCCUCACUCCACUACAACAUUUAGUCAACGACGUGCUCCAGAGGUACCUAACUACGAGGAAGAUGUUCCUAGCCCUCCACCGAUUUACUCGAACUACGAACAACAAAGCUACGAUUCGACCCCAACUUCGCACGAUUUCGACGAUUACUCAUCCGAGUUACACGAACGAUCACGAUCCGAAGCGAUUCUCGAGACUAACUUCGAUUUUGACAGCCCUGAAAAUUCUGCUAUCACCGAAGCCAGUAGAUCGCAUAGUCAGCCCUUAGAGACUGCUAUGUAAAAAAAAAUUGCUCACUAAGCUCUGGUUGAAUAAAGAUAAUAAUAUAUAUAUUUUAUUCACAGUUGUAAAAAUACAUAUGUAGAUAAAUUUAAGGUCAAAUAAGACUGAUGUCGCCUUCUAUAUGCAUUUAUCUGAUCUAUUUUUUAGUAUUUUUACUUAAAUCUUUCAUAUACAAACCACUUUCAUUAUAUUUUUGCUUGUUAAUAUGGAUUAAGCGCACGAUCUCUUAGGCCCUUAGGGUUUUAUAAGUUGUGAUAAUAUUACCUGCAUUCAUUUAAUAAUAUUUGAAUAAAAUGAUCUAGGUAUAAACUUUUAUACCUUAAUUUAUAGGUAAUCGUGCUUCCUAGUGCCUUGUAUUAAAGAAAAUUAAUAUUUAAAAAUUGUGUGUAAUGUACUAACGGCCAGAAAGCUAGCAUGCUUUUGAAACUAAAUAUGCCUUAAAUAGUAUAAGAAAAGAUAAUUAGUCGUACCAUUCCUUAUGUAAUGCGACCAAAGCACAAUUGCCGUAGGUCACUAAUAGAAGUGGUUGACGCAGAUUUGAGUUAUGGGAAUUCGGUACUUUGUUAUACCGAUGCUGGUUAUAAAGUGAUAAGGCGUUAAUUUGGCUAAUAGUACCUACUAAAUCACCUUUGUAAAUAUAGCUUAUUGCUUUACGUUUGUAAUCGUGUCCGUCCUUAGGUCUUAGUUUUUAUUUUAUACGAAAGUAAUUAUCGUAAUCAUGUAUUUACUAUACUAUAUGUUUAUUAAAUAUCUUACGUCUUUUUUACCUGUAUAUUAAGAUUAUAUACCUAGUUCUUUGUUCUUUUUGAACAUU